UCGGGGGUUUCCUCUGGUGGGUGGGGCCGCAAUGCUUCCUCACACAGCAGGCUUGUUUCCUAAACGUUGCUAACAACCUGCAACUUUCUCCUGUCCUGUUGUGCACGGACAGUUUCCAGCUGAGGCGUGUUGGAUAUGUGUGCGAGGAUGCAGCCGUGUCCGCAGUGAGCGCAGUCCGACCCCCAGCUCCGUGCCGGCUGCAUGGUGCUCCGUGUCUCUCUGCCUGCUUUCUGACGCUUGGGGUUGCAGUCUGGCCUCCAGCCGCGGCUGCGAAUUAACUUCAUUUCUCAGUAUCGCCCUGCUCUGUUUAUUUUAUAAAGAUGGCGGUGAGGAGGACACUGUAAACUAAAUGACUGUCAGAAACAUCGCCUCCAUUUGUAAUAUGGGCACCAAUGCCUCUGCUCUGGAGAAAGACAUCGGCCCGGAGCAAUUCCCAAUCAAUGAACACUACUUUGGAUUGGUCAACUUUGGAAACACAUGUUACUGCAACUCCGUUCUCCAGGCUCUCUACUUCUGCCGGCCUUUCCGGGAGAAUGUGCUGGCCUACAAAGCCCAGCAGAAGAAGAAGGAGAACCUGCUCACAUGCCUGGCUGACCUCUUCCACUCCAUCGCCACGCAGAAGAAAAAAGUCGGUGUCAUACCGCCGAAGAAAUUCAUCUCCCGCCUACGGAAAGAGAAUGAUCUGUUUGACAACUACAUGCAACAAGAUGCCCACGAAUUCCUCAACUACCUGCUGAACACGGUGGCCGAUAUCCUGCAAGAGGAGAAAAAGCAGGAAAAGCAGAACGGGCGCCUCAAGAACAACGGCACCGCUGUCACCACGGAGGCCGAGACGGAGAACAAGACGGAGCCCACAUGGGUUCAUGAUAUCUUCCAAGGCACACUGACCAACGAGACGCGCUGUCUCAACUGCGAAACGGUGAGCAGCAAAGAUGAGGAUUUUCUGGAUCUUUCCGUGGAUGUGGAGCAGAACACAUCAAUAACCCACUGUCUCAGGGACUUCAGUAACACAGAGACUUUGUGCAGUGAAUACAAAUACUACUGUGAGACAUGCUGCAGCAAGCAGGAAGCGCAGAAACGGAUGCGUGUGAAGAAACUUCCCAUGAUCCUGGCGCUACACCUCAAGAGGUUUAAGUACAUGGAGCAGUUGCACCGCUACACCAAGUUGUCCUAUCGGGUGGUUUUCCCACUAGAACUCCGUCUCUUUAACACGUCUGGGGAUGCAGUCAACCUGGAUCGCAUGUAUGAUCUGGUAGCCGUGGUGGUGCACUGUGGAAGUGGCCCAAAUAGAGGUCAUUACAUCACUAUAGUGAAGAGUCAUGGCUUCUGGCUGCUGUUUGAUGAUGACAUUGUGGAGAAAAUUGAUGCCCAGGCUAUCGAGGAGUUUUACGGUCUUACCUCAGACAUCUCAAAGAACUCUGAGUCGGGAUACAUCCUCUUCUACCAGUCCAGGGAGUGACACUGGAGAAAUAGGAAUAAACCUUUUCUCUUUUUUUACCGUCAGCCUCACAGACUCCUCAUCUCCAUCCCAUCCCGCUCCCCCGCCUCCAAGUCAGACCUCUCAGACGUAUGUGCCAAUCCUCUGUCCCAGUCUCACCUUCUGGGUUUUACCUCUUUAUCGCUCUUUCUGUCUCUCUCUAGUUUGAUUCUUGUCUUUUAGCCACCUGCAUUUGGACUGCACUUUAAAACAAAAAGCAAAAAUGCUCAACAGCAUGACAGACAGUGGGACAAAGGCGUUGCACCAAGCAGACGCUUGGAUGCUCUCUACCAGGAAGGUUAUGGUGCACAUAUAGACAGUUGUCGGAAAUUGUACUAUAUCAUUUUUAUGUAUAUAAGGUGUCUACUUCCAUGAUGUGCCACCCAAUCAUACUUACUUCCAUUAGGGCUAAAUCCCCUUCCUGAACUGAUCGUUGGUGUAUCUGUGUUUUUAGUGGGUGCACGAGAAGUGAACGCAGCUGGAGACAAACGCUGUAUAAUACGCGUUGAGAGAUUUCAUGCAUUUCUAAUGUUUUUCAAGCAAUAUCUGAACACUAAUUACAGAGAACUCACAAGCUUUAAACUACGUGAACAUAAAGCUGUCAACUGUUAACAGUAGUAGAUUUUAUUUUGGCAAGUUAGUCUGACCAGAGGCAGUCGGUACUUAAACACUACCCAGCUGAGCCGCAUACACCGAACACUACUCACCGAAAAGAAAUCCUGCUGUUUUCACUUAAAUCCGCUGAGUCUUUAUAUUUUAUUCACAUGGAAUGCCCCUAUUUAUUGAACUCAACAUAUUUAUUACUUUUAUAUGUAAUGCUGGUAAUGAAGGUGUAAUUAAUGAUGUAAAAUGCUUUUUUUUUCUUCUUUUUUUUCUUUUUUUUUGAGAGCUUAUACUGUAAGGUUAAGCUCUCACUGUUGAGGAUAUAGUGUAUGUAAUGCACAAUUUGAUAGGACAGCUAAAAAACAAAAAGAAAGUAGGUAUAAUUUUGUAUUUUACAUGUGGAAUAAGAGAUUAACAUGAUGCAAGAGAGACACGAUCCACUCUGUUACUGCCUAAUCUUCUGACUGACUGAAAGAGAUAAAAUGGUGCAAUUGUCCAGAGGUGGAAGUACCCAGUGUGGUGUUUCCCUUUGAGAUUAGAACACAGCCCAUUUCAUUAUGAGUAGUAGAUGUGCUGUUUUUUUGGGGGGGGGGGGGUUUGUUGUUGUCUCCCCCCACUCCCCCGUGCUGUGUGUUUGUGAUAUCAAAGUAAUGCAUCUGCUGGGAUCCUCUUUCAUCAGUCUCUUUGCAACCUUGCAUUGCGUCGUACUUUCGUUUCCAUUCCUGUGUUGAAUUAUGAUGUUUUCCCUCGGUUUGUGUCUGACUUCGAUUACAUAAAUUGUGUGUCGUAUGUAGCACAUGGCAAUCCUAAAAUCCCUUGAAAUUUAGUGUAAAUGAUUUCCCUGUAUUUUUUUGUUUGUUUUUUGGCCUUGCCCUGUAGAAUAGUGCAACAUCAGACACCUUGUUUUCAUGUGAACAACAUUCCUAUUUGCUGCACAGCUGAGGAAAUUACCAUUUCUAACACAUCUCAUUAUAAAUAAGAAAUAGGAAUAAGAUUUAUCUGUUAGGUUAGUGUCUGUGUCUGUACACGAGAGGCGUGUUGAAUGCACUUUCCGCUGUCUCAUCCAUGUAGUCCGUUUCUGAGUGAAGUCAUGACGAAUACGUGCCAAACUGGAGUCUGACCUUGCUACAGUCUUUAACAGAACAUUAUUUUCUUUGUAAAGAUGCAGCUGUACAUAAAUAUUAUGUAGAAAAACACUUCUGGAAAUAGCUAAAUAUUUUUUUAAAGUUGAGUUCUUAAAAUGUUAAGACACUCAUGUCAGAGAUUUUAGCGUAAGGUUAACCAGUAAUGAAGAAAUACUGUGCUGUUUUACAAUCACACUUGCAUAAUCAGAGGACUGAACAGGAGCCGCCAUCUGCCGCUUUAUGGUGAUGUCCAGGUUAAACUGAGCCAGGGUAGAAAACAGUGGCCGGAAUAGUAGAAAUUUUCAGACCCUGGUGUGAUGAGAGCGACUCUUUCACGCGCUGAUCUUCCAUUAACACUUAUGCACUUGCCCUUACUAAGAUUUUUCAGUCGUUGCACUUGGUCUCGUGUGUCUGACUGUGAUGGUGUUCUACCGAGAAGAACCGAGGUGCAGAGCGUCCUGCACCGUGUGGGACCUGACUGAACUUGUGUAAGGGAAGGAGGCGAAUCUCCAUUUGGCAGUUAACUGAAAGUGCACUUUAUUAGUGAUGAGCUUCAAUGCUUUAACAUGAUGAACCACAGUCUAACGCACUCACUUUGAGAGAUUUUCUUCUGUUCAAUAAAAAUGAUUAUCAGCUA